GCGGAUCGGCGCCGCCAAUAAUAGCAUAGCAGAAGCAAGUGGCCGCCCCGUGCCGUGCUAUCGCGCGGGUCAGCUCAGCUGCGACACUCGACGCCUCCCGAGAAGAUGGACAGUGGCGACGAAGACAGCGUCCUCGAGGGCAGCGUGGGCAGCGGCAGUGGCAGCGGCAGCGGCGAUGGCGACGCAGACAGCGACGCCGUGCAGCGGGCCUGCGCCGCCUGCCCGCAGGACAUCCUCGACUGCAUGGAGCGCGCCGGCUGCGGCGAGCCGCCCCUCGCCGCCUUCUUCACUUACUGGAGGACCUUGCUGAACCAAGAGGCGCGCUUCCGAGAGCAGCUGUCGGAGCUACAGCAGCGCAACGAGCGGCAGCAGCAGGAGGCGAACGCGCUGCGCUUCCGCAUGGAGGAGCUGUCGCGAGACGCCAUGGUCAAGGGCGCCGGCAUGGACCGUCUUCAGGCUGAGCUGGAGGCAGCGAAUAAGGACUCAGAGAGUGUCCGCCAAAAACUGCGCCAGCUGGAAAGUGAACUCACAACUUACAGACAACAAAAUGCAGAUCUUCUGGAGCAACUUAACCAGAAAACGACAGAAGACAGUGAAUCCACAAAGAAAUUGGAGGAAAAAGUUAAAGAGCUGGAAGUUCAGCUCAAGGAUAUGCAGCAGGAACGUGAUCGUUUGGAGAAGCUUCGCAUUCAGUUAGAAGCAGAAAGAGAAGAGGAGAUGAAAAUUGUUCAAGAGGCACUGGAUGAGGCACAACAAGAGAAGGCUGAAAUGCAAGCACAGUUUGAGAAACUUCAUACGGAGACAACCAAUAGGGAACAACAAAUGCUUGAUGACUUUGAAUGGAAGCUGCGAGAAGUAGAGCAAGCAUGCAAAAAACGCUUAGUUGAGAAAGAGCAAGCUUUUGAAGAGAAAAUCAAAGAAACUACAAAGAAAUUGGAACAGCAGCAUAAAGGAGAGAUUGCAACUCUCAAAGCAUAUGAAGCAGAGGUACAUCAGUUAAGAGGACUUUCACAUGAGCAACAAAGAUCAAUGAGAAAUGCAGCAAGACAGACAGAAGAGUUACAAGUUGCAGAGAAAAUGCUGAAAGAGGAAGUAGCUCGCCUGAAAACAGUUAUUGAAACAGAAAAAAGUUAUGCUGCAACAAUCCAGAACAUUCAUGACAAACAUGUCGCAGAGGCAGAAAGGAAACUUCAGUCACAACUUCAAAUCCAGAGGAAUGAAAUUAAUGCUCAGUGGGAAGAACGGACGCAGCGUGAAUUUUCACGUCUGAAGUCAGAAAUGGAAAAGGUUCAUAAUGAAGAAAAGAAAGUGGCAAUACAGUCCAUUAGGAAGCAGUUAGAAGAUGAAUUACAGAAAACAAAGGGCGAUCUUGAAAAGAAGUUACAGAAAAGUUUGAGAGAGGUUGAACAAUUGAGAUCAAAUCUAGCAGAAAAGGAACAAUAUUACCAGAAGGAAAUAGAAAAAACCCGAACAAAUGCAGAUAGAGAUAUCUUCGACCUUCGUAGAAAAUUGGACAAAAUUGAUAUGGCAUACCAGGAACAAAUGGAAAAACUGACAGAAAAACAUGAGAAGGAAAUUGAACAUUUAAAUGAGGAAGCAGAACGGAGGGUACAACAAGUGGAGCAGAACUGGCAGUUACAAAUAAGUUCAACAAGAGCUACUCUUGAGUUAGUAAAGGAACAGAUGCAACGCGAUGCAGAUGAAAGGAUGGAAAGUCUUAAAGAAAAAUAUCAGCAGCAGCUAGAAUCCCAAUGGGAAAAGCUGAAUAAUGAGAAAGAAGAUGCAAUAAAAUCCAUGGAAGAGAAACAUCAAAAUGAAAUGAAACAGUUUAGAGAUGAAGUAGAGGAAAUGAAAAAGAUGUAUAUGACAAGAGAGAAAGAAUUGAAUGCUGCAAUUGAGAAUCUGCAAUUGUUACUUGACAAGAAAAAUAAAGAUAUUGAUGAAUUACAAAGGAAUGUGGAUUUGUUUGAUGGUGGUCUCCAGGUUCUAAACAAAGAGAUUUCCACUCAAGGGAAGGAAAUACUUCGUGUGAAGACUAAAGCACAAAACUGUAUAAGCAACACAGAAGACAGCACUGGCGGAAAACUGCCUGCUGCGCUCUCUGUUUUCCUGCUCCCAUUCCUUUCUUGGCUCCUUCUGGGUUCCUUUUCACUAACAAUGUCAUUUCUUUUGCUAUCUAUUGCUAUUCUUCUUUAUUUAGAUGCUUAGCUGUAUUUGUUGUGUAAAACUUUCACUGUUGCAUUUUAACAAUGCAGGAUAAUUGCAAUUGAAUAUAGGCCACAUUCAUCACAUUCCAAAAGCAUUAUGCUACUAGCUCAUAAGCAUGAUUUCUGUUGUAGAUGAAUGCAGACUAUUUCCAAUUAUUACCAAAAGUAUGAAUUGGUUUGUAACUGAGGAGUAGGGAUGUUUGAGUAUUACUGGAUCAAUCAGUAUAUAAAUUUUUUUGAUGAUUUGAUAAAUGAGUCAAAUUUUUGUUAAAUAUGUUACAUUGUGCAAAAUUGUAACAGCCUUUUUUUCUCUGUUUGUCAGUGUUUGUAGAUUUCUUUCUUUUUUAUGUUUGUACUUUUAUAUUUGGGCAGUUACUAAAAAUAUUUAUAAUUUUGAUGACUCUUUAUGUAAUAUGUUGUUGGAUGAACAGAGAGAUAAGACAAAUUUGUUUGUGCUGAAAUGAAAAAUAAACAGCACUCAUAGACUAUGCGCCCUAUGCUAUGCCAUAUACAUUUUAGAAGACUUGGUCAUUCAUAGCAUUUGUAGAGGAAUGUGAAUGACUCCUAGACUGAUAUUGGCAUAUGCAGACUUCCAUUUUGUAAAAGAAUGAAGAAUUUGAAAGGAGUCAAAUGUGCACUCAAGAACUGUUUACAGAGGAGUCCAAUGUACACUCAGGAACUGUUUCACAACAAUGCAAUCAACAGGAAGUAGAGGUCAUUUGUAUAGCAGCUGAUAGAAGGAAAGAGAGCCAGAUACAAAUUGUGGUUUAUGUUAGCAACAAGAUAUCUUAUUACUAGACAUAUAAAAUUGCACCAUUAACUCUUCUCCUGGGAAAGAACAAAAAAUCCUUAUAUGUUUCAGUUAUCAUAGAAGCCAUUUAAAUUUGUCUUCAGGUGUCUUUCAUGAAUGAUAUGUAGAUAUUUGGAAAAUAUAUUUUGAUUGACAAAAACUACUUUUAUUGUGGGAGUCCACUUGCAAAUUGCAUUUUUUUAAAUUGCCCCCCCCCCCUCCCCCACACACAACUUUUUAACUUUCUUAUAUUAACAGACUGUGACUUUCCUCUAGAAAACAAUUAACACUAUGCAGUUUUUAACAGUUUAAAAUAUUAGAUCCUGCAUUCAAAUAAUCAAAAUGAGCUAAUAACAAAAGAUAACUGUAACACAUCAUAUGACAGAAAAGUCUUUGAGUCAACUAGAAAAACUAUGUUAGAGGAAGUUAUAGCACAUAUAGAAAGGUAUAAACAGUAAUUCAAGUUUACCUAAACAGUUAUGGUAGAUUACUCCAGUUCUGUGAACUGGCCCUGAAAAGCCAUUCAGUACCUUUCUGCUAGUGACAACUGCAACCAAUGGUGGCAUUUGGAUGCAGUAUGCAGGGACAUAGUGCCAGUGCAUCGCUCUCCCAACUGUCAUCAGUUUCCCAGCUCUUGAAGUUGCUACUUCUCAAUCAAGUAGCUCCUUGAUUACAACAAAAAUCUGAAUUCACCCCAAUCCAGUCUUCUGUCCAAGGGAAUAUCUGUGGCAGUAUCAGAAAUUGAACCCAGGUUCUCCACAAAGCUGUCACACAUGCUGGCCUGUGGUGUCACAAAAAAUAAUUCAUUCAAACUUGUGACAGACAGCCUCCAAAAAUCACCUUGUAUUUAUUUUCCACCUGCUUUUCGCAGAGUAUUACAUACAUAUAUCCACAUCAACCAGACAAGGAACAUAGAUAAAUAUCUUUAUAACUUCGAUAAUGAAAUGCCCUCUUUUUCUGUUGUGUACUCCAUAAACUGAUUAUUCAUCAGUAAAAAAAUAUGAAAACCAUUUAUGAUGUUUGUUAACAUAAUAUACUGGGCUCUUACCUAGAAAAUACAUUACCAUAAUUACACUGAUCCAGCAACUCUUCAAUUGUAAAUCCAGCCUAAUAAAAUUCCCUUAGGCUAUGAAGAAUUUUUUCUCAGAUUGAGUGGUCCUAUGUUAGUGACACUUGUGGAUCAAAUAACAAGAAUGUUGCCACAUUUUUCCUGAGAAAAUGUUUUAUAAUUGUAAAAUUGGUUGAUUCCACAUUAUAGCAGUAGGUCACUAUUAUGAUCCAUGUAACAUGAAACUACAUAAUUCUUUAUUUGUAUUUGACCAUACUGAUGUCAAUUUAAUGAUGUACAAACCUGGCCCACUACAUAAUUCCAGGAAGAGAUUUGCUGACAUUGUUCCCCACAAUUCAGUACCACAGCAUAAUUGCCCACUUCAGAUCUAUGGACCUAAGUUGUAUAGAACCAUCAUUAUAUACCAUUGUCCACAACCUUUAUAAAUAUUGGGCUCUGGUGUCCAAUCUUUCUUUGAUGCAUUUACAUUACUUGGUUGAUAACAAUUUUCCAAUGUAAGAUUCUCUUGCUGCUUUUAUUGUGUUUUGUUUCAUCACAUCAUCAUGCCAAGAAUACAGGCUGUGUAAUAACUCUAUUGUUGCACAGUCUGAAGUGACAUACUUUUUGCUUUGUUAAAUGUAUGACUGUCCUGCAUCUCAUUUUAUUCAGACAAUUAUUUUCAUUUGUAAACUGUUUCUCUUUUGUAGCCAGAAAAAGUCAUCUAGAAUUACAAAUUAACCAAAAUUAAGACUGAUUUAUUAUCUAUUUGUAUUUUAACUCUUUCUUUAAAUGUGCUAAAUCAAAUAACACAAGGAAAUUCACAGUUCUGAUUGACUUGGAUUUUACUUGUAAGUGUAAACUGUUUGAUUAUGUGCAUUUAUAGCUAUGAAAGAAAUCUUCAUUUUUUUCCCUGUUGUAGUUGAUUCAAAGAAUUAUUGCAACCAUAUGUUACAGUAUCUUUUCCUUUAAUUUUUCACAUUUUUAUGUGGACACUUCUGAGUAACAAUGCUAUAAAGGCAGCAUGUCAGUAGUAUAUUAUUUGGGGUUCAAAAAUAUUUUUAUGGUGAAGAUGUUUAUCUCAUUUCUGAAUGAUACCAUUAGCAGUUGCUGAAUUCUUCCAUGGUUUGACUGCCAACAUAUUUCAGGCUAACAGGCUUUAUUAUAAACUCUUUUGAGAUCUCGCAAAACAGUACAUACAAAUGAACUAAGAUCAUAAAAAGUAGCACACAACAUUUUUACAUCAGGACAUGUAGAACUACAUACCUAAAGAAUUUUAUAAUUACAGGAGUAUGUUAUCUUAAAUAGUAUUUUGAUGUCCAAACAGGGCUACUUUGAGGCCCAAGCAACACAAGCAGCCACUUGAGGCACCAAACUGCUAGGGGUACCAGACGCAUCCCUAGUGCAAAAUGUGUACACUGGGUGUAUCACAAUUAGUGGAGAGAAAAACUCAUUUCCACACUCGAUACAUUUAAAUUACCAAGAGCCCAAGGAAUGGCAACUAAUGUAUGAAGGUUGCGUGGGCAAAAGGGAGAAGGCUGCCAAAUAAUAUGGCACUUACAUGGACAAAUGGAAGCGGUCACCAAAUGCUUUGUCACUUGUAUGGAAAAAUGUUUUCGAACUGAUUCUGUGUCCAGGCACUAUUAAUAUAGGGAAAUGGGAGACAGCAUGGCCCUGUACUGACCUAUUAAGUGAUCUCAAUACUUUAAUUCACUAAAUAAUAUAUGUGCAUACACAAAGCAAAGGUACUGUUUUUGAUGCAGGCUCAGAACUACAAAACCAGAGAUACAAGAUGUGUAAUGUCCAGUAUUUGAUGAAUAAUUAUUAACAAUUCAGUAGCAAACACCAGAUAAGAAAAAAAAUGGAGCAAUGUGACUUCCUUUGGAUGUAUUUGCUGCUUGCUGUUUAGACCAAGAAAUUGCAACUUCUGUUUUUUGUCCCAACAUGCUACACAUAUCAGCACUGUAUAACAACUGCAGCAUAGCUUUAAAACUACUAUUGCUUCAAGCUCACAUAUAGCAGCAUACUGAAAUUAAAACAAAAAGCAUUUUAUGUAAUAUGUAUCAUAGAUGCACUAAGUACUGUUCAUUUUUGCACUGACAUCAGUAGUUUUAUAUACAUUAAAAGGAAAUGCACUCAUUAUGGACCAGAUUGCCUACCUGUAUGUUCCUUUUUCCAUUUCCAUUUCGCUCUCCACCCUCACCUUGGAUCACAGGGAGCGUGAUGCAAGACUGUCAGAGCUGAAGGAAAAAUAC